AUCGACUUCUUCACAGUUCAUCACACAGGAGAACCUUUCGAUUAUCGGUUACAUUUCCCCUCAGGCUGACAGGCCCUGUGCACGAUCUGAAACCGAGAAAUCUGGAGCAGACCGAUUUGCGUCACAGGCCAUCAGGAUGGAAGCAGCCGCACAAUCACGCAAGGAGAAGUUGGCGGCUCUACGGAAGCGCAAAGCAGAUGAAGAUGCAGGCAUGGUGUCACGGGAUGCCGCAAAGCCGCGAAACAUGGACGAUGACGAAGGGAUGGACGAAGGUCUUCUAAUCAAGAGAAGCUUCAGAAAUUACGAUCCGAAGAACAGGCAGAUGAAGAAGACCGCUGCUGGGCAAGGGAUAGAGGAUACGGUCGAGCAAGCUGUCGAGGGUUUGCAGGAGAGAGUGCUUAAAGAGGAUGAAGCCAAACGGCAAGAAGAGCUAGACUUGCUAAAUAUCGCACCCAAGCGACCAAAUUGGGACCUCAAGCGUGACCUCAAGAAGCGGUUAGGCAAAGUGGAGCGCAAAGACAAGGAAACUAUCCUGGUCUUGAUCCGUGCGUCGACCGAUGAUCAGCGUAGAUUCAACAGGCUGCCUUGAACUGAUUUGCCUUUGCCUGCUACCUCAUUACUCUGCGCCCUGAUAUGGAAUGCAGGAAGACGAAUAGCGGCAGGGCGCGAUGCGGCGGGUGCCAACAAAGACAGCGAGUCGGCAGGCUUGAACGCCAUGACUGCAGAAAUGGCUGCGAGCGCGACGGUAGAACGAGGAGCUGGGCGAAUAGGGACGCAAUACGACGAUGAUGAUAGUGACGAUGACGUUCAAGACGAGGAUGU